AGAGCCUGCCCAGAAACUUUCAGCAGCUGAGACAGAAGAUUCUCCGGAACUGCAACACGGCCUGCAGGGGCUUUUCCCCACUGCUGGCCUGGUGGGGCCAGGGUGGCUUGCCCAGAAGAGGCUCCGCGGUGUGCCUGUGCCCCAGCCCCGCCACUGACCAGGGAGGAUUCACCAUGUGCUCUGAGACAGGCUCCAGGUACACGGGCAUGAUGCUCUUGCCCUUGGCCAUCACAGCCAUCAUUGCCAACCUCCUGCUGUACUUUCCCAAUGGGCAGGUGCUGGAGCCUGGCAAGAUCACAGACUUGGUCUGGUUUUUCCAUGGCUUUCUUGGAGCUGGACUCUUGGUUAUGGUGCCAGCACUAAUGCUGUUGAGAGGAGGUGGGAAGGGCUGCUGUACUCACAAAUGUCGGAUGCUGUUCCCUGUACUUCUGACCAUACAGGGCACUCUAGGAGCUGUGUACUGUGUGGUCAUUUCUUCACUGGGGUUGCUUCGUGGACCCUUCUGUGACACAGGCAGUGGAAACUACACCUACCCUUUCAGAAAUGACAGCCUGGAGGACAACUACUUGUUCAACCAGCCUACCUGGGCCACUUGCCAAGAGCCUGAGCACAUCGUGCUGUGGAAUGUGGUCUUGUUCUCCAUCCUCCUCGGGAUCGGCAUGAUAGAAGCUGUGCUUUGCCUUAGCCAAGUUGUCAGUGGGCUCUGUGACGUCUACUGUGGUACCUGCAUCCGGAAAGGACAGGUGAACAUAACUGGCUUAUGACUGGCCUAAGAAAUUACAACUGAUUGGCAGAUGAAGGAGCGCUCCCCAGGUUUCAGAAGGACUGGAUUUGAUGAAUGUCAAUCUCCAGAGUCAUGAGAAGCUGAGAAAAAUGCCCUCAACUUUCUUACUGGAGUAGGUUUUU